CCAAUAUAGACAAAGAUAAUCGCAACUUGUAUCUGAUUCUGUGUGGCAGUCUUCCCUCGACCUCCGAAAACUGAGAUAAAGAGCGCCAUCUAUUGGUAAAAUCAUUAUAACAAAGGUGGGACUGAAAAUAAAAAUCGUUCGCGACCACGACGUAUUUCGAAAGAAGCAGCUGGAAAGUCACAAUAUCGCCUUCAAAGCUCCCGUGCAUCAAGACAUCAUGCCAGUAAUGUUGAGACUAGCCCGGCACGGCUGUACGAACAGGCCUUUCUUUCAUCUCAUAGCCAUUCACAACAAGUUUGCCAGAAACAGUGGGAGAGCCUUGGAGCAGUUGGGAACAUUUGAUCCCAUGCCAAACAACCACAAUGAGAAGCUGGUCAGUCUCAAUGUGGAAAGGAUCAAGUACUGGCUGGCGAUAGGAGCACAUCCCACACCACCAGUAUCACAUCUCUUAGGACUAUCAGGCUUGCUUCCAAUACACCCAAGGACCUACGUGAUAGCAAGGAGGGCCAGGCACAAAACUGCUACAAAAGAACAGGCAGCUGCAGCAGAAGCAGAAGUGGAAGGAACAAGUUGAGAAUUCUUUGAGAAUUUGCCACUGAAAUGGACAUCCGAAAGCCAGUAAUGGACACAGACUUGGCAAGAAGUGUAUCAUGUGGAUUAUGAACAAGAUGGUUGAUAUCGAACAUGUCUGAAUAGUUCUUCAUUUGUGUACCAUACUACUAGUUCUUGCCGAUGCAACAUACUUGGUGCUCAUGUCAAUCAAGCUUGGGGGACUUCAGCAUUGGGGACUUUAUAGGGAAAUAUUAAGGGUAAAUUCUGGAAAAAUGGUAUUCUGAUUGCUGGUAAGGGUUAUUAAUGUGUCACAGUCUACAUAUAUUUUCGACCUGCAAAAUAAAACUUUGGUCCUCUCAAACCCUAUCCCCUGGGAUGCUGCAAGGCCAGUUCUCUGAAUUUGGACAAAGGAUAAUAUGUUUCUUGUAGAGAAGGACCUUGUGUAUACUAGCAAUCAAUUACCCCCUCCAUUGAACUACCGGUAUUGCUUCAUUGUAUGAGCUAGAUGUAAUUGGUAAAGGUUGUGUCCUAUGGAAGAAAAGCCAUCCAAUCUGAUAUUCCUUAAUGGUCUGUGAGGAGAGCUUGGCAAACAAGAAAUGUGAAGUCGGGAUGGACAUGUAUUAUUAUUAUGAGCAGCAUCAGUGAUAGUUCGAGUGAACUGUAAAUUUUGUGUGUGUGUGUGCAUGUAGUCUGCUCUUGAAGAAUAUAAACUACACGUAUAAAUGUACGCAAAAGAGAUAGCUAUGACGAUAUAGGGAAUAAAUAAGUAUUUUUACGUUUGAAUGUAACUAAAA